UCCCUUUCCUCCCUUCCAUUUCUUAUAAAUACCUAUCUCCCUUCUUUUACUUUCUCUUGUGCAGUCAUUAACCCAUAAUUUUAGUGCACACUUCAUGGACUCUCUCUCACUUUCUCUCCCUCUUUCUUCCUCCUUCGAUAAGCCAGAGAACCUCAUUUCAAAUCAGUUAUGUUGUUUUUGUGAUGCUUUGGCAUUUGAGAUGAAGCUUAAGAUAAGAAGCUACGAUGCUCGAAUUGAUCGAGAACGAAUUGAAGAUUUGGAACGGAGGUGCGAGGUUGGACCAGCCGAGAGUGUGUUCCUCUUCACAGACACCUUGGGUGACCCGAUUUGUAGGAUUCGUAACAGUCCAAAAUACAAAAUGCUGGUGGCAGAGUUGCAUCAUGAGUUGGUAGGUGUCAUUCAAGGCUCAAUUAAGAUGGUAACAAUUUGUAGCCCAGCUAAGGUUCAAACCCGGGUCGGGUACAUACUAGGGCUCCGAGUUGCGCCUUGUUACCGGCGCCGGGGUAUUGGUGUGAGCCUAGUGAAGCGUCUCGAGGAAUGGUUCGUUGACAACCAAGUUGACUUCGCUUACAUGGCCACUGACAAGGAUAAUUUAGGUUCAGUGAAGCUAUUCACAGACAAACUCGGGUUCAUAAAGUUUCGGACCCCAUCCAUACUGGUCCAACCGGUUGGCCCACGAAGGAUGCGUAUCUCACCAACUGUUAAGAUUGUAAAGCUCAAGAUAGAAGAUGCCGAGCGUCUCUACAGAAGGUUCAUGGGCUCUACUGAGUUCUUCCCUGAUGACAUAGACCGGGUCCUCCGAAAUAAACUGAGUUUGGGUACCUGGGUCGCCUACCCGAUGGGCGAGUCAUGGGGGGAUAUCAACUCGGGUCCAUUCCCACCCAAUUGGGCCAUGAUCAGUGUGUGGAACAGUGGAGAUUUGUUCAAGCUGAGGGUGGAUAAAGCACCAUUAUCAUGCCUAAUGUAUGCAAAGAGCUCGAGAUUGAUCGAUCGAGUGUUCCCGUGCUUGAGGAUUCCGGCGUUCCCCGACGUGUUUCGCCCAUUUGGGUUCUACUUCAUGUAUGGGUUGCACCAGCAUGGCCCUAGGCCGGGUAAGCUGGUUGGUACCUUGUGUAGUUUUGUCCAUAACAUGGCUAUGGAGUUGGAGGACUGUAAGGUAGUUGUAACAGAAGUUGGGGGUUGUGACACACUCAAACUUCACAUCCCACAUUGGAAGUUGUUGUCUUGUGCAGACUUGUGGUGUAUAAAGCCCUUAAGAAAAGAAGCCCAAGAAACCUUGUUUGGAUUAACAAAAAACUCAGCUAGUAGAGCCCUUUUUGUCGAUCCCAGAGAGGUAUGAGACAAAAUAUACUCAACCUCAGUUGUGGAAUUGUCAAGAUUCUUGUAGCCUUCAAGUCCUCCUCGGGAGAGAUGAACAGUUCAGUUGUUCCUUUCAUUUUUCACGAGACCAGAUCUUUAAAGAUUUCCUCA